AUUGUGCCGCGGUUCCACGAAAAUCUGCAAUUUUACCUGCGCCCUCGCGUGUUAAUCCGUAAAUUUACUAUCAAAAAAUCGCACAAUGGCCGAUUCCAGCGUGGAAAGUGGUGCCACGGCGGCCCCCGCUGCGGCGACGGCCGAAAACUGGGUGAAGAAAGCGGAGGAUCAAGAAAUAUCGACUCUGGUUGGUGGAUUGAAUCUAGAAAAGAAGGACAAAGGGAAUGGUGCCGCAGGUGAAACAACGGCCACCUCACAGCCUGCGGCGGAAAAUGGAGCACACGCAGCGGCGGCACCAGCCGGUACUUCCGCCCCAGCCGCAGGAGCGCCACCGCCCGGAACAGGUGGCGAAGAAAUUGAAACCGUAAAUCCGGCCGAUGCCAGUUUGUUAAUGAAGAUCAUCCGCAAGGGUUUGGUAGAGUCGAAGCUGGAUCUCGAGGUGCAGCGCAAAGAUCCAUCUUCACCGUUACAUUCCGUGAAAUCGUUCGAGGCGCUCCACCUGAAGCCAGAGCUGCUGCAGGGCGUAUACGCGAUGGGAUUUAAUGCCCCAUCGAAGAUUCAAGAAACGGCGCUGCCCACGCUGCUGGCCGACCCACCACAGAACAUGAUCGCCCAGAGCCAGUCGGGUACGGGAAAGACGGCGGCGUUCGUUCUUGCAAUGAUCAGCCGGGUUGAUCCACGCAAGAACUACCCACAGGUGAUCUGCCUUUCGCCCACGUAUGAACUCGCCAUCCAGACGGGUGAGGUGGCCGCCAAAAUGUCCAAGUUUUGUCGCGACGUUCGGCUCCGGUUUGCCGUGCGAGGUGAGGAUGUUGCCAAGGGAGAGCGACUUACCGAUCACAUCAUUAUCGGUACGCCCGGGAAGCUGAUGGACUGGGGCAUAAAGUUCCGGGCGUUUGAUCUGCGCAAGAUUUCGGUAUUCGUGCUGGACGAGGCGGACGUCAUGAUUGCGACGCAGGGCCACCAGGAUCAGUGCAUCCGCAUUCACAAGCAGUUACCGUCCACCUGCCAGAUGAUGUUCUUCUCGGCCACGUACGAGAAGGAAGUGAUGGAGUUUGCCGAAUACAUCGUCCCGAAUCCGAUCAUUAUUCGGUUGGCGCGCGAACAGGAAUCGCUGGACAACAUCAAGCAGUACUACGUAAAGUGCCGCGAUCAGAACGAAAAGUAUCAAGCGAUUUCCAACAUCUACGGUGUGAUAACGGUUGGCCAAGCCAUCAUUUUCUGUCAUACUCGCAAAACUGCCGGUUGGUUGGCGGAACGAAUGUCCAAGGAUGGUCACUCGGUGGCGGUGCUCUCCGGUGAGCUGACUGUCGAUCAGCGGCUGGCCGUGCUGGACCGUUUCCGUGCCGGACUGGAGAAAGUACUCAUUACCACCAACGUGCUCUCGAGAGGCAUUGACGUGGCGCAGGUAACGAUCGUGGUGAACUUCGAUCUGCCGAUGGACCAGAAUGGUCGUGCGGAUUGUGAAACAUAUCUGCAUCGCAUUGGCCGUACCGGUCGCUUUGGCAAGAGCGGUAUCGCGAUUAAUUUGGUCGAGGGUGAGCACAACAUGAAAAUUUGCAAAACCAUCGAACAACAUUUCCAGAAGAAGAUCCACCUGCUGGAUGCGGAAAAUUCGGACGAAAUUGAAAAAAUUGGCUCCUAAGAAAGCGACUACCUUUUCCUUUCCUUCCUCGCCGUACGCCGCGCUCUCACUUGUUCGAUAUUCAUUGCCUGCCAGGACUCCUUAAACGAACCGCUUUGCUUACAAGGCAUGCAAAGCAUUAGAGAUUCAUUUAUUGUGGCACGUCGCGUGUGCUCUAUCAGAACAGGCCACUGUUGCGAGAGCUGCUGGGCGUAGUAACUAUUGAACCGACUUCCCGAGAGGACACAUGAAGUAAACCUAUGAAUUAAUGGACAUCCACUACAGUAAAAUAAAGUUUUGUUUUAUUUAAA